AUGCCGCAAUGCGAUUCCAAUUUAAUAGAGUUCAAGCGGGCAAGGGUCAAAGCAAGGAAAAUCCUUAAACAAGCAAAAAAGAAUUCGUGGAUAAAUUACAUCGCAUCCUUAACAAAGACCACUCCAUGUGAACAAAUAUGGAAUAAACUGAAGAAAAUUAAUGGCCACAAAGGAUCUGUACUAAGCGUAUUUUUAUUCUUGAUUGCAAUAAAUGAUAUCGCUGAAGUCUUCUGUAAACCAGUUAAGCACACCAUAUUCGCUGACGACUGUACCUUCUUUAUAACCGGGAAAAGUCUAAGCACCAGUCAGCAAAUCCUUCAAGACAAUUUAGAUAGACUCCAAAAAUACGCCCUACAAACUGGAUUCAAAUUCUCCAAAAAGAAAACCACCGUAACAAUUUUUUCAAAACAAAGAACAACACAAAACCAUCAACUACAGCUACACUUAGGCCAGCACCAACUCAUGAUAACAAGCACGCCAAAAAUUCUCGGCCUAAUUUUUGAUAACAAAUACACUUGGACUCUAUUCUUUAAAAAGCUCAAAGAAGAAUGUGUAAAUAGAUUAAAUAUAUUGAAGAUCAUCGCUUCGAAAAACUGGGGAGCUGAAUUCCAAAUUCUAUUAAAUUCAUAUAAGGCCUUAGUUCUGUUCCAACUUGAUUAUGGGUCAAUCGUCUACGAUUCUGGAAAACCACGAGUUCUAAAAUUAUUAGCACCUAUACAUAAUGCCGGAGCUAGAAUAGCCACUGGAGCCUUCCGAACGAGUCCGGUUACUGCAAUUCUAUGCGAAGCUGGUUUGACACCACUAGAAACUCGAAGAAAACAACUGAACUUAUCGUAUGCAGCAACCAGAUUAUCAACGCCUUCAAACCCUAUCUACGAACAAUUAACUAACACCGCUCAUUUCAAUGAAUUUAAGGAAAAGCCCAAACUACCGAAACCGUUAAAUAAUAGAGUCAAAACAUACUGGCAAGAACUAAAUAUGGAUACACCAAAAAUUAUAUCGAGAAUACAGUAUCAAAUUCCACCAUGGACGAUAGAUCCUCCUUGCAUACUCGAAAAAAUUCUGGAAGCAAGAAAAAACACCAACUCAAACGUUCUCAAAAGUCUAUAUACUGAAUUAUCAAAUGAAUACCCACACCAUACGCAAAUUGUCACUGAUGCCUCAAAAUCAGGACAGGGGACUGGAUGUGCGGUAUGCACUCCUGAACAUGAACUGCUAUUUAGGCUUCCGGAAACGUUCACAGUAUUCACUAGUGAAGCAUUAGCCGUUCUACAAGCCCUGAAGUACAUAGAAGAAACAACACACAACAAAUCCAUCAUUCUAACUGAUUCUAAAAGCACCCUACUCGCUCUACAAAAUUUGGAAACAAAUAACUCAGUAAUCCAAAACAUUAUUGAAUUAAAUGAAACCCUUAAGCGAGACAAAAGAGAAGUUUUAUAUUCCUGGGUCCCCGCCCAUAUUGGUAUUGAAGGCAAUGAAAAGGCCGAUACAGCAGCAAAACUGGCUAGCUCCAGUACAGCUAUAAUGAAAUAUGAGCAAGCAACUCAUCAAGACCUCCAAAAGUAUUGCACCAAGGCACUAACGGGAGUGUGGAAUGAAGAAUGGAGAAAUAGCAGACCAACUAAGCUACACAAAGUUCGAAACAAUAUAUAUGACUUCAAUCCGGCACUACCACUAAAUAGAAAAGAUCAAGUGAAAACAACCCGAUUAAGAAUAGGACACUCAAGCUGGACACACUCAUACCUUAUCACAAAAACCGAACCAAAUUCCUGCGACAUCUGUAACGUAGAAAAUACUAUUGAACACAUCUUGACAAUUUGCCCUAAAUACAAUAUGAAGAGGAUUCAACAUAAGCUACAAAAUUCACUAACGAUCCUACGAGAAAUAGACUCAUGCAAAAAAGUUUUAAACUUAUUAAAAGACAUUAAAGUAUGCCAAUUGCUCUAA